GGCCAAUCUGAAGGCCGUGGGGAGAAAUUGAGAUCCAGGAUGGAGAGAAGUUAUUAGUGGGAAUUAAAGAGAUGGGCAGCUGUGAGAUCUACCCACAGACCAUCCAGUACAGUCCCAAUGGGAGGUUUGUAGCUGUGUGUGGUGACGGGGAAUACAUCAUCUAUACCGCCAUGGCCCUGAGGAGUAAAAGCUUUGGUUCAGCUCAGGAGUUUGUCUGGGCAAACGAUUCUUCAGUGUAUGCUAUAAGAGACAGCAACAACAUGGUCAAAAUCUUCAAGAAUUUUAAAGAGGACAAAGCGUUUAAACCUGAAUUUGGCGCUGAAGGUAUCUAUGGAGGUGUGAUGCUGGGAAUGAGAUCAAAACAUGGUCUGGCCUUUUACAAUUGGGACAAUACUGAACUGAUCCGCCGUAUUGAAAUCCAACCUAAACAUAUCUUCUGGUCGGACAGUGGGGAGUUGGUGUGUAUCGCUACACAUGAGUCUUUCUUUGUGCUUCAUUACCGGGCAGACAGAGUGACAGAAGCCCAGGAGUCCAAUGAAGAUAAGAGUCAAGAUGGGAUAGAAGAUGCUUUUGAGGUGCUGGGUGAGGUCCAACAUGUAGUGAAGACAGGACUUUGGGUUGGAGACUGCUUCAUCUACACCAAUUCUGUCAACAGACUAAACUACUAUGUAGGAGGAGAGAUCAUCACCAUUUCCCACAUGGACAAGACCAUGUAUCUGCUGGGCUACAUCCCAAAGGACAGCCGUCUUUACCUGGGAGACAAAGAGCUGAACAUUGUCAGCUUCUCCCUGCUGGUUUCAGUGCUGGAAUAUCAGACAGCUGUUAUGAGGAGGGACUUCAGCUUGGCCGAUAAGAUUCUACCCACAAUCCCCAAGGAACAGAGGACCAGGGUAGCCCACUUCCUGGAGAAACAGGGUUUCAGAAAGCAAGCUCUGGUUGUGUCUACGGACCCAGAACACAGGUUUGAACUGGCGGUGCAGUUGGGAGACCUUGAGGUUGCCCAUCAGAUGGCUUUGGAGGCACAGUCAGAGCACAAAUGGAAAGAACUGGCUGUGAUUGCAACUACAAAGUCCCAGUUCAGCCUGGCUCAAGAGUGUCUGCACCAAACUCAAGAUUAUGGAGGAUUACUGCUGCUAGCAACUGCAACAGGAAAUGCCAGCAUGCUGGACAAACUGGCCGAAGAGGCAGAAAUGAACAGCAAGGCUAACGUCACCUUCUUGUCUUAUUUUCUUCAGGGAAAACUUGAGAAAUGUCUGGACGUUCUCAUCAAAACAGACCGGUUGCCAGAGGCAGCAUUUCUGGCAAGAACACAUCUGCCGAGCCAAGUGUCAAGGGUGGUGAAGUUGUGGAAGGAAAGUCUGUUGAAGGUCAACCAGAAGGCAGCAUACGCUUUGGCUGACCCUUGCCAGUACAGCAACCUGUUUCCCGGCAUCCAGGAAGCCAUAGCUGCUGAACAGUACCUGAAGGAGACUUGUGUUAGGGUCAGACCCGCUGCAGAAUACCCACUCGUCACGCCAAAUGAGGAGCGCAAUAUUCUAGAUGAACAUACAGGUUUUGGACCAAAAGAAGACCGGAUUGAACCAGAGAUGGAGCUGGAGAACACAGAAGAAUCCAGUGGGAUAGCAGCAGUGACACAAACUGAACCCACAGAAGAAUCUGAUUCAGAAGAAUCAAAAUCAGAAAAAGAGGCCAUCUCAAAAUCAACAUCCGUUCUGCAGGGCACACUAACAGAGGAAUGUGUUGAAGAACAGCAAGCAAAACCAUCAUCCACUGACGCAAUUGACCAAGAAAUGGAAACACUAAACAAAACUACUGCUGAAUCAGAAGAAUCAGAGAUUUUCCCCAAAGAGCUAGGAAUGGAACAGUCCAGACCCAUGGAAGAUAUCAGAUCAUUAGUUGAGUUGAAUGUGCAGAUAACUCCAGCAGCUGAUGCUGAACAUACCGUCUGUAUUUCUGAAUCUCUGUCAUCUCGUACAGAGACGAAGAAGCAAACGCCAACAGAAGCUUCAAGUGAGGCAGUAGUGCCAGAAGCAACAGACACAGAGAACCUUCUUUUCACAGUAGAUACUGAUGUAAUACCAUCAGAAACAGAGAACACCAUUAUUUCUGAAGAACUAGAUGCAGAUUUUGUUUCUUCAGAAAUUGCAUCCAUCAUACAUUCAGCAGCAGCAGCAGAUGAAACUGCUGUUAUUAAGGGGCUCACUUCAGACUCAAAGCCAUCAGCAGCAACAGCUGCUGAGGAACUAGCCACUUUUGACCACGAUUCUGUAGAGCUAGCCAAAAAUUCAGCACUAGACACAAUAAUAGCACAGGAGCCACUGCCAUCUCAAGAUCCAGAGCAUGGAAAAGAGAAUGCAACACUCCAAGAAAAACCAGAGGAAAACCUCCAACCUGCUAAGGCAGAGAUCUUAGUCCCAACAGCAGAGCCCUCAGAGGAGCAGGCUGAUCCUGAGGGAGAGACAGCAGGCUGCGAGGAAGAGAUAAAUCUGGAUUUCAAUGAGCUGGAUCUCGAUACUUUGGACCUGGAAGACAUCGACACCACAGAUAUCAACCUGGAUGACGAUUUCUUGAACGAAUGACAACUUUUAUAAACCAGAUUUUUUGAAAGUAGCAAAAA